AUGGCGAAGCAAGAUACCAUUGAAGCAUUUGAUCUACUCCUUAAGGAUAUCAUGGACAGUGAUAAGCCGUUUGGUGGUAAAGUCAUCGUUUUUGGCAGCGACUUUCGUCAAACACUCCCUGUCAUUCAGAAUGCAACACGAGAUAUUCAAGUUCAAGCCAGCUUUGUCAAUUCUACUUUGUGGGGCAGCUUACAGAAAGUUACUCUAAUGGAGAAUAUACGAGCUCUUCUGGAUAAACCAUUUUUAGAAUUUCUUCUUAGAGUGGGCGAAGGGACUGAACCUGAGGACGAAGAUGGGCGAAUAUCUCUAAGCAACGACAUAUUAUUGCCAUAUGAUAGCAAGGAUAAUUCUCUUGACAGGUUAAUAGAAUCAGUGUUUUCAGACUUGCAGCUUUACUCCUUGGACCCCUAUCUAAUGAUAAAUAGGUGUAUCCUAUCCGCAAUGAAUAUUGCAGUUGAUGAUGUAAACCAGAUGAUAAUUGAUCGGUUCCCAGGUCAGCCUUAUACUUAUACGAGCACUGAUAGAACGCUUAAUGAGCGAGAACAAGGAGAUUACGAAGAUUUUCUUAACUCUUUGAAUCCAAAAAGGCCUCCCUCCUCAUAA